AAAUUGAGUUUCACGAUAAUUUGAAAAUCAGUCCUGUCGGCUGUCCUCUCAGAAAGUAUAAAUGCUUGCCUAGAGCUGUGCACUGGAGGCGAUUAAUCGUCACCGACCCAUCUCUAGAUUCAUCCAGUUUGACAGUUUAAGUCCCAUUAAUGCCUCUGUAGCUCAUUUCUUUCCUUGGGUGUACUUUUUGGAUAAUCGAGCUAUUAUAACUUUCCCAUUUCAUGUUCUCGGUCCAUCACUGAGCAGAAAGUCUUGAUUGAGCUCAGAGAGAGUGAGAGAGAUGGGCGUGCCUUCGUUUUACAGAUGGUUGGUGAGGAAAUAUCCGAACAUAGUGGUGAGAGCAAUCGAAGAGAAGGAUGAUACGGAUAGUUCUGCACCAAACCCAAAUGGGGGAUUCGAUAAUUUGUAUCUCGAUAUGAAUGGGAUCAUCCAUCCCUGCUUCCAUCCCGAGGAUAGCGUUUUUCCUCCGACGACAUUCCGGGAGGUGUUCAAGAGCAUUUUUGAGUACAUCGAUAGGCUUUUCAGCAUUGUACGUCCACGAAAGCUACUGUACAUGGCAAUCGAUGGAGUAGCACCUCGUGCGAAAAUGAACCAACAACGAUCAAGACGAUUCAGAACUGCAAAAGACAAUGAAAUUGCCGAAGCAGAGGAAAGCAGGAUAAAAAAAAUGUUUGAAAUGGAAGGCAAACAUGUUCUUCCAAAAGUAGAGUCUGAAGUUACAGAUUCUAACAUAAUUACUCCAGGGACGAAAUUUAUGUUUGAAUUGUCGAAGGCCCUGCAAUCUUACAUCAGUGAAAGGCUAAGAAAUGAUUCAGGUUGGAAAGAUAUUAAGGUGAUCCUUUCAGAUGCCAAUGUUCCUGGUGAGGGGGAACACAAGAUAAUGUCUUUUAUACGCGUACAGCGUACCUCUCCAGAUUAUGAUCCAAAUACCCGGCAUUGCCUCUAUGGUUUAGAUGCUGACCUUAUAAUGCUAGCCUUGGCAACACAUGAAGUGCAUUUUUCGAUACUUAGAGAGGAUGUGCGCAUGCAGGAGCAGCAAUUAAGCUGUGAAUCUGUAUUGGAGGCCAGUCUUUCAGUGGUGGAAUAUAAUUCUGUAAAGUCAAGUUCUUUUUGCCAAGAUCAAAAGGGCAGAGAAAAUGCCUCAUUGAUUAAAAAGCCAUAUGAGUUUAUGAACGUCUGGACCUUAAGAGAAUAUUUAGAGCUUGACAUGAAGAUAUGUGAUUUUCCUGAGAAUUGGAAGGACAUUGACUUUGAGCGCAUUAUUGAUGAUUUCAUCUUCUUAUGCUUCUUUGCUGGAAAUGAUUUUCUGCCUCACAUGCCCAGUUUGGAAAUUCAUGAGGGGGCUAUCGACUUGCUCAUGGCCAUCUACAAGAAAGAAUUCAAGAAUAUUGGUGGUUAUUUAGUUGACAUGCAAAGGGUAGGAGAUAAGAAAAGUGGGUAUGUAAAAUUGAAAAGAAUUGAGAAAUUCAUCAUCUUGGUUGGUGCAUAUGAAGAGAGGAUAUUCAAGAAAAGAUCUGACUUGCUGGAGCGAAAGCUAAGAAGGAUUUUAUGUGAUGCUAUUGAGGAAGAAGAUCAAGGUGGCAAUAAUGAGCUCGACAUGAAUAAUGAUCAUCUUGACUUGCCUGGUGGAAACUCCCCAUCUUCCAAAAUUACGGGAACAGUUUCAGAAAAUGACAAAUCCUUAAGUGGGGCAGAAAACUGUUCUGCAGAAAAUUAUGAAAUUUUGAGGAAAAAUACGAAGGAGUUGAGAGAAAAGUUGAAAGAGAACAUCCGUUGUAAAUCUGACAUGUUUAAAAAUGGUGGUUUGGGCAUCAACAAAGUAAGACUGGGUUAUGCUGGAUGGAAAGAAAGAUACUACAAAUAUAAAUUUUCUGCAGAGACUCCUGUGGAUAUUGAAUGUACAAGGAAAGCAGUAGUUGAAAAAUACACUGAAGGGCUUUGCUGGGUCCUUCUAUACUAUUUUUCUGGAGUUCCAUCUUGGACGUGGUACUACCCAUACCACUAUGGGCCAUUUGCUUCAGAUUUGAAAGGUCUUUCUCAAGUCAAAUUGAUGUUUGUAGACGGCUUACCGUUUAAACCUUUUGAUCAACUCAUGGGUGUUCUUCCUCCAAAAAGUGCCCAUGCACUUCCUGAAGCAUACCAAACACUCAUGACUAAUGAAACUUCAAACAUAAUUGAUUUCUAUCCUAGUGAUUUUGAAGUUGAUAAUGAUGGAAAGCGUUUUAUGUGGCAGGGAAUCUGUAAGCUUCCUUUUAUCGAAGAAGAUCGCCUUCUAUCUGAGACCAGAAAAUUGGAGAAGGAGCUACAGGAGGAUGAAGUAGUGAGGAAUGCAGAGGGUGCUGAUCGAAUGUUUGUCAGAAGUUUGAACUCUUUGGGAAAACAAAUUCUAUCUCUUAAUAAAAUUCCAGCUUGCCAUGAACAAAAUGAAUGGAUCAAGAUUGACACCAGUUUGAGUGCUGGUAUCAGUGGGUUUAUGGAUCUUUCUUAUAAGGAUAUAGAGUUGGGUACGUCAGUUUCUUCUGGAAAUCAUUCUAACAAUCUUCAAGGAGAUGAUGUCUUACUCGUGCUUUAUAAAUUGUCCAAUGGUCAUCUUCACAAGCCACGCACGCUUGAGGGAGUAAAUUUCCCGGAAAAGACAAUUACUGAAUCUGACAUUGAGGAGACACACCUCUGGCAUGAGUAUGCAGGCAGCAAACCCAGCACAAGGUCUCAUCAAGAAAGGAGCAGAAGAUCUUGGGAAAAACACAAUUCAACUAGUUCAUCUUGUGAAAAUUAUAAAGUUGCUGGCACCAGACAGAGAGGUCGUGGCGGCGGCCCAGAAAAGACAAUUAGUGAAGCUAAUAUUGAAGAGGCACAACUCUGGCAUGAGAACCUUUGCAGCAAACCAAGCACAAGGUUUUCUCAAGAAAUGAACAGAAAAUCUGGAGAAAAAUGCAAUUCAAUAAAUUCAUCUUGUGGCCAAAUUUACAGUGUUGCUGGCACUGAAUGGAGAGGUCGUGGUGGUGGUCCAGAAAAGGUGAAUGCUGGCCGUUCCAUGGAAUAUUACAAGCAUUGUGGAACCGCUCCAAUUGGAUAUGGUGAUGGGGGAAGCACAAUCCCCAUUGCUCCAUAUUCCUCUGAAUUUGUUGGGCAAUUUAGACCAGUCUCAUUUGGGCACAGUGUGUGCAGUGAAACUGUUUCGUUGCUCCCAACAUCUUCAGCAGGAGAAGUGAAGGCUGCUAGUUCAAGUUUGGGUAAAACCAUCCCUGGCACUUCCAUAGAAGAUAAUUGGCAUUGUAAGACCAGUCCAUUUGGAUAUGGUGGUAGUGGAAAUGCAAUCCCAGUUGCACCUCAUUCCAUGAAGCAUGUUGGGCAUUUUAGUGCUGCAAGUUCAAGAGAAGUGAAGGCUGCAAGUUCAAGCUGGAGUGAAGUGGUAAUUUCUGGUCGAGCUGAACCGUGCAGCAUUGAAAAUUCGAAGAUACUGGAUUCUAACAAGGAUGCUUCAAGAGAAAUGAAGGCUGCAAGUUCAAGUUGGAGUAAAGUGGUGAGUUCUGCUCGAGCUCAACCGAGCGGUUUUGAGAAUUUGAAGAUAUCAGAGUCUAACAGGGACAUCACUACACAUGAGAGGUUUCAGGCAGCAAACAACAAUUACUGGAUUCCAAGAAAUGAAGGUGUAUAUAACAGCGACCAUGGGAGGGCAGCAAACAACAAUUACUGGAUUCCAAGAAAUGAAGGUGUAUAUAACAGCGACCAUGGGAGGGGGAGGGGGCGGAGGUUGGGGCAGGGCCGGGGGUGGGGGCGGGGGCAUGAGCAGAGCUCACAAUUUGUUCAUGCUUUUUCUGGUCAAGGUGGUGGUAGAUGGCAACCAAGCUCAAGUGGAUCUUCAGGCUAUACUGGACUGCCUUAUGAUUCAUACUGUGCUGCUGCUACUCCAAUGCAGGGGCAUGGAAGAGGCCAUUUUGUGGCCAACACUUCCACAGAAUGGAGCUCAAGGGACUACAGACCAAAUGGCGCGAAAAGGCAUGGCCAUUAAUAGUGUUUGAAGCUGAGCGGUGAUCUGUCUAUGACUUUUUAGUACCAUGGUAUGAACUUGAUUUAAGGGCUGAUCUUGUUUCCAAUCCCGCUGGGUUCAAUUGAAUUACCCCUUGAUUUAGGUCCCCGUUUUUCUUUUGGUCCAUUGAGGGAAUUGUCUAGUUAUGCAUAGCUCAGAAUGGUCAAACAAGUGCAUGAUUAUGGAAUGGUUUUGUUUUUGUGUUUAGUUAUUUCAGCUGAUUGUGUAUUGGAAAUGGAAUAUACUCAAUGAGUGCAGGGCCAGGGAAAUGGAAGAAUUUUGUUAUUCAUCACAAGAGAAUCAAUAGUGUGCAGUGUUGGGAGUUGAUAUUCUCUCAAUGUUAACUCA